UUCGAAAUUGUCGAGCACACUCUAAAAGACGAAAUAUCAACAAGAAAUGGGUCUGAUCGAAAUUCUGGCUUAAAUAAUGUCUGCUCAAAUCUCAAGCCUGACAAACAGCGUAUUUCCAAAACACUUCAACAUCAAAGGGAAUCAUAGUGAUGUCGCCCAUUGCCAAGGAAGAUGCUGCCAAAGGAGAUUCCAAGAAACGGAAGGUCGUGUCAUCGGUGCCUUCACCUGCUCCAAAAGCCCCCAAAUUGACAUCCAAAGCAAAGAUGUAUUCUGCCAUCAACAAGUUGGAAGAGGAGCAAGCAAAAACUCGACCAAGUCUCGAGGAUUCUAAAUUAUUCCAGGGAACUUGUGAUGAAAUCAGAAAGUCCUUGAAGGAUAUUCUAGACCUGAAACUCAAGAAAGCAUCCAAGACAUCUUCAGCCGACAUUGGUGAGGCUCGAAUAAAUGCCUCGCUUCAUUUUCUGACUUUGAAGAAACUGAACCGUCUCGACAAGUUUCGAAUUCGAGGUGCAAGGGAGGAGACCAAUCUGGCCAAACAAAAAGUUGAUAGCUUGAAUCUCCAGCUUCAAAACUUGCUUUAUGAGUUGUCUCAUCUCCAGAAGGAGAUUACCAAAUGUCAACAGUUCAAAUCAAAACAUGAAGAUAUUGAUUUAAUUCCGGUGGAAGAGUUCCACCGUGAAGCACCUGAGAGUAUUGUGGGUGCGGUCAAAGAUUCCCCAGCAAACCCGCAUCAGUUGCAACUGUUGCGCUUGGAUUAUGAGAACAUUCAACGUAAGGAUAUGAAUACGGCUCUGUCUAAACUAGAAGACGCCAGGGAGGCAUUGGAGAAACAAAUUGGAGUGAAGCGAGACAAGCUGGCGAGUCUGAAACCUCAGCUAGCCAACAUCCUUGAGGUAACCAAACCGGUACAAGAGUAUCUGGAGAUGCCCUUGACCCAAGAGAGAGAUCAAUUAGCUCUUCAUCGACAUCUGCCUCAUCCUCUAUUCAUUCUUUAUGUCCAAACCUCCUCUUAUGGAAAAGCUUGUGACAAAUGGAUGAAUGUCAAAAUCAAAGGUGAUUUGGAGGAAACGAAGAACUUCUACCCAAAGGAUUUACAGGAUCUCGAAAACGACGAUAUUGGGGCUGAUGAAAGCCGCGAUGAUGAAGACGAGGCCAACAGCAAGGCGAAACGGAGCAAGAAAGGAAGCUCUGGUGCCAAGGCCAGUACGAAAGCUGAUGAGCGACUUCAAGUUUUGUUGAAAACUCAUCCCCUCGAAGUUGAUAUCGAGCUCUAUCUCCCGGACGAAUCCAGAAACACCUACGUCCACUUAAACUUCAAGUACCUGUACAACUUGGAGAUUGUUGGCGUCAAAACCACCAUUCACUUGGAUAAAGACAUCAAAUCCUCAUUGGGAGAUCUCGAGCUGCUUCUCCCUGAUGGACUCUUGUCCCAUCUAGAUGGUGAAACGGACUCUGGUAUGGAAAGCCCCAAUCCAGGCAUGGAUCAUGUCCUCAAGACCUUGGGAAUCACAAGCUGUCCUCCCACGAAGUUGAAUGAUGUUGGCUUUCCCUUUCGUUGGGUCCAACUUCUUGGUGGCUUGAAUUUUCCCCAAAAGACCAAGGAUCAGGAAGAUAACAGAGAGCGAGAUCUUCAUACCAUUCGACCCAACCAGGAUGUGGCCAAAACCAGGGUUCAAGGCAUCAUUCAUCUCAUUCGGGAACGCCUGGAAGCCAGGGUGGCUUUGCAGAAGCAAAUCACCCUACUCCAAAAGGCCAAGAUGAUUGAUAUCGCAUUGGAGAUCCCAAACGAGGUCCAGAGCUGGUUUCCCUUAAAAGCAUCUAGCCGAUUGCGCAAUUGGACUGCCGUCAAUUGGGAGCAAUAUAAAUUGCUAGAGGUCACCCAGCAUUUAGUACAAGGAGGAGCGGUCGACGAAAAUGACUUCUUCUAUCGGCUUCAAAUCAAUCGUGAACCCACAGCCACUUUGAUAGCCCUGAUAGCCAUUAAACCAGACUAUCCCAACCGGAAUCCCGUGUUUUGCCUCAAUCUCCAUUGGAAAGGAGAGUUCAAUGUACAUAAUUGUGAACAUAUGAGGGAUUUGGAGCGCCUCAUCAACAGUGGCUUUGAUACUCUCGGACCGAAAUUGAAGCCCAGUCUCCUAUCCAUGCAAUUGCAACGAUUAUUAACCAGCUUGGAUGCUUUGCUUGAGGCUUGGAGCGUUGCCCUCAAUGAAUCCAAUCCUCAGGCCAAAGUGGAUUUUCAACGCGAGAAACUCUUCCUGCAAUCAGUUCGAGGCCGGAACCGAUCUUUGCCCAUCAAUUUCGACCCGAAGCUUCAGGUUUUUGUGUAGAACGGUCUUUUCCGAGCAUUUUGUGCGCUCAGACACUUGUAAAUAAAGCGAAUCGAGAAUAAAAUUCCACACCUAA